AUGAUAGAAGACGCCGAUCUGAAGAAGAAUCCGGCUUUCAUCCGUUCCUCACUUACAGGAAUUACUCAGGAACACUAUGUGCUUCUUCAAUAUCUCUGUGUGCCAUUUGCUACACCACCACCACGCAUCACAGACCGGCUCGUCAUCACUAGCGGAGACUACACUUUGGAUUUUCGAACAUCAGCCGGAUGUACAACACCGCUUGAGGUGGUAACUAGAUUCAGACAAGGUGCAGUGGCGGUAUACUUCCUGUUCAACUUCACCAUCGAUGACAUCAUGCGAGGAUCAGUCGAUCAGUAUGCUCUAGUCGUCAUCUUAGCACCUUCUGCCCCUUGA